UUCCUCGCCGUGGAGACAGAAUACGACAAGCUGGAGAGAAAUGGCCCAGACUUCUAGAAGGUUCUGCGCCCUGCCCCGGCGACGAUGACCCGCCACCCCGCGGCCUGAAGGCAGCUGUUCGACCCCCGGAGGCUUCAGGCCAGCCUCCCUGGCUGUUCCUGGACCCACAAGUAGCCGAUUCCCCCUGCUUUCUCUCGUGGCUGUGCUGCACCCAGAUCUCUCGCACCGAGCCGUGCGACCUGAGCGAGCUGCACUACCCGUGCAUCAUUCUGUACGAGGAGCAGGACUUCGGGGGCCUGUCCCUGGAGCUGCAUGACGACGCCGAUGACCUGCUGCUGCUGGCCUUCAACAACGCCACCAUGUCUCUGAAGGUGCGCGGCGCGCCUUGGCAGUGCUGCGUCGAGGCCGGCUGCUCGGGCGACGCUGAGGAUGCCUUCGAGGUCUUCGAGGAGGGCUGCUACGCCGACCUGGGGUCCUUUGGCCACGUCAUCUCCGCCGUCCGGGCCGUCCGCCACACUCUCGAGGACCCCGGGAUGCGGAUCUACACCAACUUCGACCUGGGCGGAGUCGGCAGGAACUUCUCGCGCCAGGUCAACUUGGCCUACAGUGACGUCAAUGACCUGGCGUCGUCGCACGUGGUGGACUCCGGGGUCUGGCUCCUGUCAUCCAACAGCUACAAUGCUGGCCGCAAGAGGCUGGCGCAGGCGGGCACCGUCCUGGACUACUCCACCUACGGGCCCUCCUCCUUCAACGACAUGCUGAGCCACUUGUGCCCACUGCGGCAGGGCCUGCCCAUAGUGGUGGAAGUCAGGCUGGAGUGCGGCCUGGUCCAGAGCACAUCCACCACGGAGGUCCUCAACGAGCUACUGAUCCACAAUGCGUCACCCCUGGAGCAGCUCCUGACGGUGUCCCACCAGCUCCAGACAGAGCUGGGGGUCAGCGAGUCCUUCACCUUUUCCAGCCACACCGUGCUGAGGGAGGGGGUCUCCUUCUCAGUCACCCUGUCCGACUUCUACUGGGGCUUCUACCUGACGCUGGGCACCGAAAUGAAACUGGAGCUGGAGAGGGGCUUCCAGGUGGAGAAGGGGGUGACGGAGAGCUGGCGCCGCACACUGGGCCGCUCCAUGGAGGUAGAGGCCCGAGUCCCGGCCAACCGCACGGUCAAGGCCACCAUCCUGCUGGAGGAGAAGGUCUACGUGGUGCCCGUCAUCAUCUCCAUCCAGCUGGGCUUCCAGCUCAUCGAGGAGAGGGCCAACCUCACCUGCGUGGACCGUACCUGUGUCACCAUCGAGUACGAGCUGCAGGACUGA